AUGGGCUCCGGCCACGAAUCGAAGGCACACACACACGGAUUGAAUGCGUUAAGCGGAGGCAAGUUGCAUCGCGUCUCUCAUGUACUGGGCAGCGAGAGUGUCGGCGAGCGACUGACUGCCGGCGUAGAGCGGGGGCCGCCGCUAGCACCCGCCGCCCCGCGCCGCCCACUUCCUCCGAUGAAUGACAAUAAUGGAAGACGUUCAACUCGCCCGCAAACCGAAUAA